AAAUAUUGUCUAACAUCACAGUUUUGUCUAUGAAUAAACACUUGUGUUUAUAUAUAUUUUAUGAUUGAGUUCAUAAUCAUAAUAUAACCACUUUGUGUGAACAAUAUUACAAUUAACUUUCAAAGUGUUUAAACUAUUAACUAUUUGCAAUGUAAGUUAAUUAUUUCAAAUCCGUAUUUCUAUUCCUCGUUCCGGUUGUAUAGAGAGCAUGGCUUGCAAAUUUGGUGACCAUAUUUUGAUCCAUCUAGAUUUAAAACGUUCCCCUAUAAAAAUAGACUAUCUGGAGAAGUUUUUCCAAAAAAUUCGCGAAUGUGGGGCAAACGGACUAUUAGUGGAAUGGGAAGAUACGUUCCCGUACAGUGGUCACCUGGAAGACAUUGGGUCUGCAAAAUCUUCAUCAAAAGCAUAUUCUGUUGAAGAAGUUGGGAGAAUCGUAGAGCUAGCAAAGAAUUAUGAGCUUAAUUUGAUUCCUCUUGUACAGACUUUUGGUCAUUUAGAGUUUGUCCUGAAGCAUACAAAAUGGAUGCAUUUAAGAGAAAAAGAGAAUUAUCCAAGCUCUAUGUGUCCUUCCCACCCAGAAGCAAUAGGACUGGCAACCUCCAUGAUAGACCAGAUCCUGACUCUGAUUCCAGACACGAAAUUUAUCCAUAUUGGUGCAGAUGAGGUGUGGCAUAUGAGAAUAUGCAAAAAAUGCAGUCCGAUAACAAAAGAACGGCUGUUCCUGACCCAUGUAAUGAAAGUUCUGAAACAUUUACAAUCACAUCAUCCCAAUGUUAAGCCCAUCAUGUGGGAUGAUAUGCUGCGCCCCAUUAAUAUAAACACCCUUAAAGAAUUCGAAAUCGGAAGUUUUGUACAGCCAAUGAUUUGGUAUUAUCAGCCGAUGGAAACGUUCAACAUACCCGAAGAUAUCUUGUCAAAAUACGAGAAAGUGUUCAAUACCGUCUGGGUGGCAUCUGCCUUCAAAGGCGCUACUAGAAGUUGUCAAAUUCUGCCAGUCAUCAAAGUUCACGUUUCCAAUCACUUAAGUUGGCUCUCACUCUUGGAAAAGCAUGGACAUCGCUUCAAAAUUCAAGGCAUCGCUAUGACAGGAUGGUCGAGAUUUGACCACUUUGCCACCCUGUGUGAGCUGCUACCAGUAUCUAUUCCGUGUCUUGCCAUCUGUCUAUGUGUUUGGACUAAUCGUACCUUCAAUGAUCAUUUUCAUAAUGAAGUGGCUAGAAGCCUGGGAUAUACUCACGGAUCAGCUUUAUCCUCUAAUCCUUAUCCUAGGCCGAAACCAAUAGCAUGCGUGCUGAGUUUUGCUGGCUGGAAGGUGGCUUUAGGUGCGGAGUGGCUUGAGAAUGUUCGCUGCAAACACAGAUGUAUUGUCAAUUCCGAUCAGGUAAACACGUGGAUGAAUAGUUGGCAGCUGAAGAAUAAUUUGGUAAAUCCUAUGCAGAUUGAAUGCUUAUUACAAUCGCUCAGAGCGCUGAAGACCGAAUGGGACACCAUGGAACAAUUCUUCAGAACUAACAUGGCAGACAUUUACUACGAUUCAACCAUUGAUGAAUGGAUUGGCACCCUUCUGGAACCUCCACGUCAACAGGUAAUCUCACUAAUAGAGAGCGCUACUAAACACGUUCAGAAAAACUCGUCACAAAAUACCCAAUAAACGAAGUUUAAUCAAAGUGUAAAUUAAUCCAGGAUUGGAUCAAGCCAUGAUCUCUUGUAUUUUAAUUG